UAACCUUGUCCCGACCGAGGUUCGUUUUGCUUAAACUCCAACCGCCAAUUUAUUUAAUCAUCUUCCUUAUCUUCGCCAAUUCGUGUUUCCGGUCUCUACUAAUCCUCGACUUUGGUCUUCAUUCGUUUCGCCUUCAUACUGCCCAAAUAAUCAGACCACGUUCGAUCCUCCCAUUCGUAACACCCCGUGCAUGCGCAUGCGCGCUCUCUUUUGCCGAUCACAAAACAUCAUGUCCUCUUCUUCAGCAUCGUCAUCACCAUAUCCCUUUGCCACCGCCCCCGACAUCAUCCGCUCUCACCAAAAGGAUGCAUACUUCACCGGCCACCUUACACAGAUCCUCAGCGACCUGCAUCGUCGCCUUCGCGGUGCCCGUCUCACACACGCCCGCGCACCCGAGAUCCAGACCCUCGGAACACUCGCCUACUUUGCUCUCACUACAAUCCCCGGCAAUCGAACUCUCGGCGAGGAGUACUGCGAUCUUGUGCAGAUAGAUGCGCGUGAUGGUCAACUUCCCGCUAUUGGUCGUCGCGCAGGCUACGUAGCUGCCAGCAUUCUCCUCCCCUAUAUCGCGGCCCGGAUUCUCCCCGGACUACGCGCUCGGCUGCGCAAGCUUCUGCAACGCCGGUUGGAGAGCCUUCGCAAACGAGAUGACGGUUCGGCAACAGGACGCGAGGCGCGCAUAUGGUCAUAUCUAGACCAACACCUGGGUUCUUUCACAUCAGGCGCUCCUUUCAAGGCCGUUAUUCUAGCCCUUUUCUACUUCAGUGGUACCUAUUACCAGCUGUCCAAGAGACUUCUUUCCCUGCGAUACGUAUUCACACGUACCGUACCCGAUACACCCGAUCGUGCAGGAUACGAACUCCUAGGUGUACUGCUGGUCAUUCAACUUGCGGUUCAGGGCUAUACCCAUAUUCGAUCUACAAUUACCGAGUCAGCAGCUCGCGAACGCGCUGCCUUUGGGGCUUCUGAUGAUAUCUCUCUAAACCAUGACGGGGCCUACAACGGCGAUAACAAUCUAUUACUAUCCACAGGUGCUUCAAGCUCCAAGGCCAAGGUCGACAUCUUCGCUGCCACACACACCCCAGCAGCAGCUGUGCCGCGUGUUCAAUUAACAGAUGACAAGGCCAUGGGCUACAUCAAGGGCGGACAACAAAGAAAGUGUACACUGUGCUUGGAGGAGAUGAGAGAUCCCUCAGCAACACAAUGCGGUCAUGUCUUCUGUUGGGAGUGUAUCGGAGAUUGGGUGAGAGAAAAGCCCGAAUGCCCAUUAUGUCGUCGUGAAGCCAUGGCUCAACAUAUUUUACCACUGCGUGUGAUGUAAUAACUUAUUUAGAUUUGAUUUGCAAAGAUAUCCAAUUCAGAUGAACAAAUAUUAAUAUGCUCAAUCACAUCCUCGAUGCGAGAUGUUAAAAACAAAACAAAGAGAUACCGAGGCUCAGCGCCCAUGGGUAUCAU